CUGUUAAACGGGAGCGGGUUCGUUCAUUCAGCCACUUGACAAGAUCCAUACAGCCUUUUUCAUAAACAAACUGGAACAUUUUAUGUUGGCUCUUCACCAUGUCAUGCCAUUGACAAUAGGUGGGAGAGAUUGUCGUGCUCCUACAUGUUUACAGUGAGACACGUAUACAUGCUUUAGAAAGGGUUGGAGACAGGACUAUGGUGAAACUUGCUGCUCUGUUGUGCAGCCUUAUUACCGUUGGGGGUGGGUACUCUGUUUUUUUCUGAAAUACAAUACCCUGUUCCAUAGAGGGGGAAAUGUUUGGGAAUGUCAAAGUAAAUAGAGAGAAAAGCGUCAUGCCUUGCAAAAUACUUUAUUUUUGAAGUGCCUUAAUAUUGACAGAGAAAGUGAUGUUUAUCUUUGAUUCAUGUGGCAGAUUUCUCGUUAAAGAAGUCAUCGAUUGAUCUAGUAAUUAGCCGAUCAAUCAAUUGAUCAAGCCCUUCGUAGCUUGGUAAAUAAAGCUUCCCAUUCUAGUCUUUUCUACAGGUCAGGGUUAAGCCAUUGUCUUCAUCCUCAGGCUUUUCAAAGAUAAACCCCCAUACUCUCGCCAAUGGGAUUUUGUGUGUGGAAUUGAACAAUUAACUGUCAUUCCCUGAUUGCUUACAUGAAACGGCCAACUUGGCGGGUUAAAAAAAAAACCGCCAAGUUGCUCUCUCUAAAACAAAGAGCAAAGUGCACGGCCAAAAACAAACAGUUGGGGUCUUCUGGAAAAUAGGUGCACUAUUUCGCCAUUACAGGGUGACCGGGCGGGUAUGUGCGUCGCAUCAUACCUGCCUGCUGCCACAUUGCGAGCCUGUUGCUACAGCAGUGGCUGUUCCCAUGGUGCUCUUCCAUCUGGGAAUACCACUUCCAAACAUGUUCCGAAGCGGCCUGAGGAUUGUGGGUUUGAGUCCCCCUCACCUGUUCCUGGAGCCGUCCCUGGACCCCCCGCGGGCCCGCCGGCCCAGCGGCAGCAGGCCGGGCCCGAGGCCCCAGGCCAAGCGCUCCGGCCCCCGGCCCGGCCCCAGCAGAGGCGGCAUGGAGGUGGGCAUGCGCGUGGUGCGCGGCCUGGACUGGAAGUGGGGGAACCAGGACGACUCGGAGGGCCACAUGGGAACGGUGGUGGAGAUCGGGCGGCAGGGCAGCACCACCACGCCCGACAAGACGGUGGUGGUGCAGUGGGACAGCGGCACGCGCACCAACUACCGGACGGGCUACCAGGGGGCGUACGACCUGCUGCUCUACGACAACGCCCAGAUCGGGGUUCGUCACUCCAACAUCAUCUGUGACAGCUGCAAGAAGCAUGGCAUCAUGGGUAUGCGCUGGAAGUGCAAGGUGUGCUUCGACUAUGACCUCUGCACCCAGUGUUACAUGAACAACAAGCAUGACCUGAACCAUGCCUUCGAGCGCUACGAGACUGCCCACUCACAGCCAGUUACCUUGGCACCGAGGCAGAACCUCACACGGAUCAUCCUCAAAGGCAUCUUCCAGGGGGUCAAAGUGGUGCGUGGACCGGACUGGGACUGGGGCAACCAAGACGGUGGGGAGGGUAAGGUUGGUAAGGUAGUGGAUAUUCGCGGCUGGGACACAGAGUCUGGCCGCAGCGUGGCCAGUGUGACCUGGUCCAAUGGAACCACUAACGUCUACCGAAUGGGCCACAAGGGCAAGGUAGACCUCAAGUACGUGUCUGAUGUCCAGGGCGGCUUCUACUACAAAGAACACCUGCCCAAGCUGGGAGAGCACGCCGAGCUCCAGCGACAGGACAGUGCCGACGGCCACUCCUUCCAGCAGGGGGACAAGGUCAAGUGUCUCCUGGAGGUGGACAUCCUCCGGCAGAUGCAGGAGGGCCAUGGGGGUUGGAACCCCAAAAUGGCCGAGUACAUCAGUCGGAUCGGGACGGUCCAUCGGAUCACGGACCGAGGGGAUGUGAGGGUCCAGUACAGCAACAACAUCCGGUGGACCUUCCACCCAGGGGCCCUGACCAAGGUGACCACCUUCGGAGUCGGCGAGCUGGUUAAAGUGCUGGAGGACAUGGAGAGCGUGAAGCGACUGCAGACGGGCCACGGAGAGUGGACCGACAGCAUGUCCCCCGCCUUGGGCCAGGUGGGCAAGGUCCUGAAGGUGUACGCUGACGGGGACCUGCGCGUUGCCUUCGGGGGCCAGACCUGGACCUUCAACCCGGCUUGCCUCUCGGCCCAAACGGCGGAGGUGGACGCCAACCUCAUGACGGCGGAGAACCCCAGCGAAUCAGGAAGCACGGUCAUUUCAGUGCUGGAGAAGCUCCUGGCUCAGUCGACAGAGCAGGACAACCCCGGUCGACUGGUCAUCGAAGCAGCGCACGGCAGCGCCAACAAAGUCCGCGAGCUGGUGCAGAAGUAUCCAGACAAAGUGGACAUUAAGAACCAGGGGAAGACGGCCCUCCAGGUGGCCGCCCACCAGGGCCACCUGGAGGUGGUGAAGGCCCUGCUCCAGGCCAGCAGCUCGGUGGAGGUGAAGGACGAGGACGGGGACACGGCCCUGCACUACACCGCCUUCGGCAACCAGGCUGAGAUCGCCCGGCUUCUGUUGAGCAAGGGGGCCAACGUGAACCUCCUGAACAACUCCAUGUGCACGGCGCUCCACAUCGCCGUCAACAAGGGCUUCACGGACGUGGUGCGCGUCCUCACCGAGCACGCCGCCGACGUCAACCUGCAGGACUCGUACGGGGACACGCCCCUUCACGACGCCAUCGCCAAGGACUUCCGCGGCAUCAUGGAGAUCUUGGUACUGGUGCCCAACAUCGACUUUACCCAGCAGAACAACCGCGGCUUCAACCUGCUGCACCACGCAGCGCUCAAGGGCAACAAGCUAGCCACGGACCGUAUCCUGGGCCGCGCCCGGCAGCUGGUGGACGUGAAGAAGGACGACGGCUUCUCGGCGCUGCACCUGGCCGCCCUCAACAACCACUGGGAGGUGGCGCACACGCUGCUCAAGGAGGGCCGCUGCGACGUCAACAUCCGCAACAACCGCAACCAGACGGCGCUGCAGCUGGCGGUGACGCAGGGCCACGAGGGGCUGCUGCAGCUGCUGGUGGCGGAGGGCGCCGACGUCAACAUGGAGGACGAGGACGGCGACACGGCCCUGCACGUGGCCCUCAGCCGGCCCCAGCUGGCCAGCGCCAGCCCGACGCCGCCCCCCGCCGCGGGGCCCAGCGGCACCGAGGAGCCCCCCGGGGAGGGCUGCGCCGCGGCCGGACCCUCCCUCCACGGCAGGCUGAGUGAGUCCGGACUCCUGGGCUCCGUGGAGCUGACUCUGGGCUCUGCCAUCGCCUGCUUCCUGGCGUGGGAAGGCGCCGACAUCAGCUACGCCAACCACAAGGGCAAGAGCCCCCUGGACCUGGUCACGGACCCCGCCAUGGUCCAGGUCAUCAAGGGCUUCGCCGAGAAGCACAAGUUGCAGCGCCUGCAGGCCAUCACGUGCGGUCAGGGCCUGAGCAGCGCCUGUCUGCGGCGGGUCCACACCACGCCCAACACCAUGACCAACCUGGUGCUGCCCGCGGCCCCGGGGCCCAGCGAGUGCCUCAUCUGCUCGGAGCUGGCCCUGCUCGUCCUCUUCUGCCCCUGCCAGCACAGCGUGGCCUGCGAAGAGUGUGCCCAUAGAAUGAAGAAAUGCAUCAAAUGCCAAGUCACAAUCACCAAGAAGAUCAGACAAGACCAGACGGAGGUGGACUGCAGCCCCGGCACGGAGAACUCGGAGCAGCACAACCUGCUGGAGCAGCUGCAGUCGCGCUACCGGCAGAUGGAGGAGCGCAUCACCUGCCCCAUCUGCAUCGACAACCACAUCAAGCUGGUGUUCCAGUGCGGCCACGCCUCCUGCAUCGACUGCAGCGCCGCCCUGAAGACCUGCCCCAUCUGCCGCCAGACCAUCCGGGAACGCAUCCAGCUGUUUGUCUGAACCCCGCCCACCCCCUCCUCCAUCUCCUCCCCGUCCCCCCCCGUCCCCUG